AUGGCGGUUGAUGCAGAACAAGCGAAUGGAGGAGAGAUAAAAGAGAGACAACAAGAGGAGUCUUCUCCUUCUUCUCCGUCUCCUCCACCGGUGGUCGUUCGCAUGCGCAACGCUCGUCCUUCACAGCCAACGCCGACUACAAUCGCUCCGCCCACCGAGCCCAAGUUAGAGAAACUUGAAGAAAUGCCGAUUGGAGCCGCUCAUCAAGCCCUUUCCCGAGGUCUCGAGGUGCUUCAAGAGGGUGAAUGUUCCGAAGAAACUGAGGAGAUCCGAAAACUCGACACUCAAUUAGAUCAUUUGAACGAUUACAUGGGAAAAGUAGAAGAACGCUUGAAGAAACAUAACGAGAAAAUGAUGGAAACCCUUGAACAUCAAAAAGCGGAAAGGGAGAAAAGACGCAGAAGUUUCCACGAGCGAAUGCAAACGAAUCAGCAAGAGGAUGACGAUUUCCAAAAACAAAUGGCCGCCAUUUUGGGACGAGUGAACAAUAUGAGAAAUCGAGCUUCUGUUUACGAUAUUGUCUCUCAAAUGGAGGUGCCGAAAGUGAAUUUGAAUGCCCAA